UCUCCUCAGUCUACAACAAACACCUUCAAAAGAAACACUUGCUUAGAUAUAAGCUGCAACUUUUUUUUAGGAUGAAUAUUGAUAAAAGGAUUCUUUCGCUAUUUUUGUUAUUGGUAAAUUUCCAUUUUGCAACACAAAGUGAUUAUGCACCAUAUUUCUAUGACAAUGGGCCUCAUAGUAACAAUGGUAAUCUGGCAUUGUUUAGUCUGUCAGAAGACACGCCAAAGGGAACACAUAUAUAUGUUCUGAAUGGAACUGAUCCAGAGGGACAGCCCAUAAGAUAUGGCCUGGACUUUGAUGCAGGAUCUAAAGAAAGCUUCAGUGUUGAUCCCAUAUCUGGAAUAGUUACUUUGAUAGAGGAGCUUGACCGAGAGAUACAGGAUGAGAUUGAGGUCUAUGUCAGUAUUUCGGAUGAGAAUAAUGAAGUUGUAGAAAAAGUGAGGGUUUUUGUGACGGAUGCCAAUGAUGAGGAACCACAUUUUGAGAACUUGCCCUCUAUUGUGGACAUACCAGAGAGCACACCCUCUGGGGCAAGCAUAUUUAAAGUACAUGCUGUGGAUAGAGACACAGGCUCAGGUGGAUCAGUCACCUACUUUCUACAAAACACUGGCCCAAACAUUAAGUUUGCUAUUGAUCACCACAGUGGAGUGUUAAGGAUAAAAGUGGGUGAGGCACUCGACUAUGAGAAAGUGAGGACACAUUUUGUUACUGUGGUGGCAAAGGAUGGAGGUGGAAGUCAUAAUGGAAAGGAACAGGUGAUGUCAGCAUCUGCUAUCUUGACAAUUAAUGUGAUUGACACUCAGGAUACUGCUCCCAGUUUUGUUGGUACACCAUAUUUUGGCUAUGUCUAUGAAGUCUCUUCACCUGGAUCUGAAAUAUUCACAGUUUUUGCUAAAGAUGGAGAUGUAGAAACUCCAAAUCCUAUUGUUUAUUCUAUUGAAAGUGGAGCUGAUGGUGUAUUCGGCAUUAACAAAACAAGUGGCUGCAUAACGCUUUUAACCUAUCCAGAUUAUUUAAGAAAGGAAAUGUUUAAUAUCAAAAUCAAGGCUUCAGAGGUAAAUUUACAGGGAAAUGUCAUGGACUUUGCUAUCACCACUGUAACUAUUCGAGUAGUUGACUUGAACAACCCCCCUACUUUUUAUAAUGAGACUGGAAAACAGGACACCUUUGAGUUGACCAUGUAUGAACAUCCUCCAGAAGGAGAGAUACUGAGGGGCUUGAGGAUUACAGUCAAUGACUCAGACCAGGGUGUAAAUGCAAAAUUCCACCUAAGGCUAGUAGGGUCGGGUACUAUGUUGCGAGUGGUCCCACAGACUGUCCUUAAUGAAGCUCAAGUCACUUUAUUGGUAGAAGACUCCUCUGCAAUAGACUAUGAGAAAUUCCAUUUUUUGAAAUUCAAGAUUCUUGCAGUGGAAAUUGACACCCCAGAAAGAUUCAGUGCCACUGCAGAUAUAGUCAUACAUUUGAUUGACACUAAUGAUAACACGCCGAGGUUCACCUCUGAAUUCUAUAUUGCACGAAUCCCAGAAAACUCACCUGGUGGCUCCAAUGUUGUGUCUGUGACUGCUAAGGAUCCUGACUCUGGAUUGUGGGGUGUUGUCAAAUACUCCAUCCAUGGGACAGGAUCAGAUCUUUUCUUCAUACAGUCUGAGUCAGGGAUCAUCUACACCCAGCCCUGGGCCAGUCUGGAUGCUGAGGUGAAAUCAAAGUACAAUUUCUUUGUUAAGGCUGAGGACACAGAGGGAAAAUACAGCCUUGCUGAAGUUUUUGUCACAGUUCUGGACCUCAAUGAUCAUCCACCAGAGUUCAAUGAGAAUAUUUUAGAGAAAACAAUGAUUAUUGGUGCACCAGUGAAAAUAGAGGCAAUAGAUGAUGAUGCAGAGGAGCCGAACAAUGUUAUUGAGUAUUCCAUCAUGAAAGCAGAACCAGAUAACAUCUUUGACAUCAAUGCAGACACAGGAGAAAUUAAACUGAAAUCCUACAUAAAGUCAAUGGACAUAGUGCAAAACAUCACUAGUCAGAAAGACUGCACUUGGUCGGUGGUGGUCCAGGCCAGAGACAAAGGCUCUCCAUCCUUCAGCACAACCACGCUUGUAAAAAUUGAUAUCACAGAAGAGAUCAAGUCCAGAAUAAUUUCCUACUUCUUGAGCCUAAGAACCCGACCCUGGACUGUGUUUGCUAUAUGUUUCAGCACUGUCAUCUUCAUAAUCUUACUGGCAGUUUUCAUAUCUACCAUAAUUUACUGGAACUCUGUGAAAAAGUCCCGGGUCCACCCACAGUGCAAGAUCAGAAAGAUUACAAGGAGGCCCUAAUAAUAAUUCUCUCUUCAGCAAUGUACAAAUGCAUUUUAUCACCAUCACCAUUGUUGAGCUUUUUUUUUUUAUGUUUCUAUUUUAAUUUUAGAUCACACAUCACAAUUGCAGUCUGUAAAAGAGGGCAGGAGCCAGAGCACUGAAAAAAAUAACACUUUUAAAAUAUGAAUAAAAACAAAAUAAGCUUGUGAGAUGAUAUGACCUCAGUUCUAGGUGCCUUUUUCAACUCUUCUGAUCUUGUAUUACUGUGAAAUCAGGCUCUUAUAUACACAUUUGUUUUAAAUCAUUUUUCAUUGUAUUCCCAUUGUGUUCUUUUUCGACUAAUUACAUUUCAUGAGCUACUGCCUCUAUUUAUCUGCACAUAAUAUGCUAUAAUAAUAUUGCUAGCAUAUACACUACCAACGUUGAGUUAACUGCUGUAUUCUACUCUAGCAUAUGCUAAAUUAGCAUAUGCUUUUCAUAUGCUAUUCAGUCCCAUGGACUUGAUGUUUUUCUUUGUGCUCUUUUACAGAAACAGCGCAAUGGCCCAUUGA